AAGAGAAGCAGUUUAGUGGGGGCCCACUCAUCCCUUGUUCAUCCACCUCAGGUCAACUCAUUCGUCCGGGCGAUGCCAACGUGCGUAGUGAGUACACGUUUGUGGAGGCCAUACUUUGCGCACUGCUCGUUUGACGUAAUGCGUCAGUGAACUGAUACCAUAUCCAAGAACCCAGAUCAAGAAAGAGCACCCCAUAGAGAGACAGACGACGGGAGAGAUGUGGAGGCGCGUGGCUUCAUUUUCCCCAUUCAUUUCUUCCACCAAAUCAUCCAUUCUCAGCCAGUUGGUACCUACGAUGAAGAUUUGGGAAUCAUUUACCACAGAGGCACCCAUCCCGGGGCCUAUUUGCAAAGUUUCUGGCUACUGAGCUUCAUCUCAGUUAAUUUGAAGGAAAGCAUUUCUUGUCUGUUUCUUAUUUUGAUGCAGGUAAAUCAUGGAAUAUCCUCCAAAGAUAGCACUCCAUUCAUAACUUUUGUCUUAGGUGGCCCUGGUAGUGGAAAAGGUACACAAUGUGCAAAGAUUGUUGACACUUACGGAUUUAAACAUCUUAGUGCAGGAGAUCUGUUAAGGAGGGAAAUAGCUCGCAACAGUGAAUAUGGAUCCACGAUUCUUGACACAAUUAAAGAAGGACGGAUUGUUCCUUCAGAAGUGACUGUCAGACUGAUACGAAGGGAGAUGGAAUUGAGUGACAAUCACAAAUUUCUUAUUGAUGGUUUCCCGCGAAGUGAGGAAAACCGCAUAUCAUUUGAAAGAAUUAUUGGAGCUGAACCAAAUAUUGUGCUUUUCUUUGAUUGCCCUGAAGAAGAGAUGGUGAAACGAGUGCUUAACCGUAAUCAGGGCCGAGUUGAUGAUAAUAUAGAUACCAUCAAGAAACGUCUUAAAGUGUUUGAAGCAUUGAAUCUUCCUGUCGUCAAUCACUAUGCGAAGAAAGGAAAACUUCAUAAGAUCUGGGCAGUAGGAGCAGAAGAUGAAAUAUUCGAACAAGUUCGCCCAGCUUUUGCUGGAUGUGAGCAGGUGAUAAGCGAGAGUUAAUUGCGGGUGUCAACCAAAGUUCGAGCUAGGGCAGAUUUAGUUGGGAGUUAGGCUUUACUAAAAGCCUUUUAAAGAGUGGGAAUUCAGCAGAGGAAAACAUACAUAAGCUUAGAGGGAAAAUGUUCUUUAAUUGUUGUUUUUUUUUACUGUGUUUGUACAGAGAUUAGGCUGCAACAUAAAAUCUGUAGUGUUACUGCUCUAUUUCGAGUUCCCUUAUGUUUUUUAUAAUGCAAAAAAAAGGGAACUUUGGGAAACAAUUGCUACAGCAUGAGGAAAUGGGACUCGUUUCAUGUUUGAUGGAAGGUAAUUGCCACCCACCCACAGAAACUAAAAUUGUAUCAGACUCUUUGAAUAUACAUGAUUUUUUUUUCCUCUUUGAA